GGCUGGCUUUUCUGUUCAGGUUUGAACGAGGACAAGUGGAUGCAUACGUGCGCAUGUGCGUACUAUUUUAUUGCAGUCAAAAUGAGCAGUUGUGGAUGCAUGUGAGUGAGUACAUGUUGCGUUUAGCUUAUCAGUGAAGGAAUUGUGAAAGUGAAGAUAGUUGAAUUUUGUGAGCAUUGGUAGAUGAAGAUUUUUAAGGAUUAAAACUUAGCAAUACUUAGCAAUAUUUAUUAUGCAUGUUUUUACUUUGUUUAGGAGGUUUACGGUUUAUGAAAGAAGUAGUGUGUGUGUAUGACUGCGUGUGUGCUUGUGGGCCAUUGUGUGUUUGGUUGACUGCCAUGCCGGCGCCUGAUGUCCCUACUUCUCAGAGGCUGGCACUAGACUGUCGUACCCUUUUGGACCAUCGUACUGGCAAGGGGGUUUGUGGUUGUUGUGGGGCACUCAGGCCUCGAUACAAGAGGCUGGUAGACAACAUCUUCCCAGAAGACCCAGAGGAUGGACUGGUGAAAGCCAACAUGGAGAAGCUCACGUUCUAUGCCCUGUCAGCUCCAGAGAAACUCGACCGUAUUGGAGCUUACCUGUCCGAGAGGUUGUCGAGGGAUGUGGCCCGGCACAGAUAUGGGUAUGUAUGCAUAGCCAUGGAAGCCUUGGACCAGCUGCUGAUGGCCUGUCACUGUCAGAGCAUCAACCUGUUUGUGGAGAGCUUUCUUAAGAUGGUACGCAAGCUGCUAGAGUCAGACAAACCCAACCUGCAGAUCCUAGGAACCAACUCGUUUGUGAAGUUUGCCAACAUAGAAGAGGAUACGCCAUCGUACCACCGCAGUUAUGACUUCUUUGUGUCACGCUUCAGUGAGAUGUGCCACUCUAGCUUUGAGGAUCCUGACAUCCGCACCAAGAUCCGCAUGGCAGGUAUCAAGGGCCUGCAGGGUGUGGUGAGGAAGACGGUGAAUGAUGAGCUUCAGGCCAACAUCUGGGAUCCUCAGCACAUGGACAAAAUCGUCCCCUCCCUGCUUUUCAACCUGCAGAGUGGAGAGUGCUCAGAGAGCCGCUCCCCCUCUCCACUGCAGGCGUCAGAGAAGGAGAAGGAAAGCCCGGUGGAGCUGACAGAGCGCUGCUUCAGGGAGCUGCUGGGACGAGCCGCCUAUGGCAACAUCAAGAAUGCCGUCACACCUGUGCUGAUGCACUUAGAUAACCACUCUCUAUGGGAGGGGAAGACCUUUGCAGUGUGUUGCUUCAAAAUCAUCAUGUACUCCAUCCAGUCACAGCACUCUCAUUUGGUAAUCCAGCAGCUUCUUGGCCACCUGGAUGCUAACAGUAAGAGCUCAGCCACAGUGCGAGCUGGGAUAGUGGAGGUUUUGCUGGAGGCAGCUGCCAUCGCAGCCAGCGGCUCUGUAGGUCCCACAGUGUUGGAGGUUUUUAACACCCUGCUCCGGCAGCUCCGUCUAAGCGUAGACUACGAGUUGACUGGCUCAUAUGACGGCAGCACCAACAUCGGCACUAAGAUCAUCAAAGCUCAUGAGGAAAGGCAGCUGCAGGAGGCUGUCAUCAGAACCAUUGGAUCAUUUGCCAACACUCUUCCAACAUACCAGAGGUCAGAGGUCAUGCUCUUCAUUAUGGGCAAGAUCCCUGUCCCCGGGAUUCACCUAGCCCUACCCUCCACAGGCUCUGGGCCUGAGGGUACCAGGAUGAUUCAGAUCAUGUUACUCAAGUCCUUGGUCCAGGUGACGGCAGGUUACCAGACCACCAACAUGCUGACAGCACUGCCCAGCUCUUUCCUGGAGCCGUUGCUGUCCUUGUCACUGACCGAGGAUCCAGAGGUCCGACUGCUGGUGCUCCAAAUCCUUCUCAGCCUCAUCGAUAGGCACGACAACAGGCCCAAGUUCUCCACCAUUAGCAUUAUCUCUGACAUCUCUAUACUCAAGCUCAAAGUUGACAAGUGCUCCAGACAGGACAACUUGUUCAUGAAAAAGCAUGGCCAGCAGCUGUACCGACACAUCUACUUAGGCUGUAAGGAGCAGAGCAGCGGUCGGCAGCACUACGAGGCCCUCUUUGCUCUGCUGGGCCUUCUCAGUGUGGAGUUGGCUAACGAAGAGGUGGUGGUGGACCUCAUUCGCCUGGCGCUCGCCUUGCAGGACCUGGCUCUCUCCACUGACGAGGCUCUGCCUGUUUAUAACCGCUGUGCUGUUCAUGCCCUCGCUGCUGCCUACCUCAACCUCAUCUGCCAGCUGACCACCGUCCCUGCCUUCUGCCAGCACAUACACGAGGUAAUUGAGGUGAGACAGAAAGAAAGUACCUACCUUUUGCCUGAGGAUGUCUUCGUUGAUAAACCAAAGCUGCCUUCCUUACUGGAGAAGGUCGAGGGGGAUGUGUUGUUCCUCCAGUCGAAGAUCACUGAGGUCCUUGGAGGUAGUGGUUAUAACACAGAGAGAUUGGCUACGCCUUAUGUCCCACAGUAUACAGACGAGGACCGUCUGUCCAAGAGAAAGAGUAUUGGUGAGACCAUCUCGCUCCAGGUGGAGGUAGAGUCCCGAAACAGCCCAGAGAAAGAGGAGAGGGCACCAGCAGAAGAGAUCACGUUUGAAACUCUGAAGAAUGCCAUUGUGGACAGUGUGGGUAUGGAGGAGCAAGAGAGGGAGCGGAGGAGACAAGUGGUGGAGAAGUUCCAGAAGGCCCCCUUCGAAGAGAUAGCUGCCCACUGUGGUGCCAGGGCCACACUGCUGCAGAGCAAACUAAACCAGAUCUUUGAGAUUACAAUCAGACCCCCACCCAGCCCAUCUGGAACCAUUUCAUCAGGUUACGGCCAAAGCCAGAGUCGAUCUGUGCCCAUCUACGAGAUGAAGUUCCCUGAUCUUUGUGUGUACUAACGCAGAAAGUCCACAGCGAUGUUGCAGAAUUAUUGAACACUGCAGGACAGUAAAGAGAUUCGGGCAAAGCGAUCCUUGCUAUAAAGGUAUCCUGAUCACAGAACCAAACAAAAACACAGUUGUUUGAAGCCAACUAAAGAACAAAGCACUCUCUGAUUCAUUUGUCUCAAGUGACAAUUCUUUUACCUUGUGAUUGCAGCCAACAAAACUGUCAGUAAAUGUCAGUAAAUGCAGCAGACUGGUUUAAAUGUAUUCCCUUCAGUUCUCCCUAGAUGUCUGCAGAAACUCCACUGGUUGGAUUUUAACAUUAUACAUUGCCAAGAGCAAUUAGAAAAAAAAAUGUAUGAAGUUAUUUUAUUGGCUUUACAAUAAGCUGACCCUUUGCACGUCCUUUAAGUGGAAAUGUUUGAUAAGACUGCAGUUCUUGGACUCUUUUGUCCCUCACAGGGUGCCAUUCUGCCCUUGAUUAUGAAAUUAGAUUGACCAUUCUUGCUUAUUUUAUCACAAAAUUUAAUGUUUAAUUUGUUUUACCUUUGUGGCCAGGAAGAGUAUAUGUGAAUUAGGUGACUUUUCAUGUACUUGACUGUGUAUUUUGUGUGUGUUUGAUUGAUUUUAUAUAUGGAUCAAUAUCAAGCUGCACCUUCUCAUCUUCUAAGUUACUCAGAUCUUUGUCUCUGUCUUCAGUGUUUAACACUAACGUAGUUUUGUUUAGCCUCCUUGGUGUUAGCCGAUAGCACUUUUUCUUUUUAUGGCAGGCAUUUAUUUAUUGCACUUGAGUUUUUAUUGUAAUUAUAAGUUUGUUUUAGCUGUGUUUUAAAUGACAGGUAACUGCUGAUAUGUGUGCGCUGUCCUCCAAAGUGAGUGUGCCUUACAGGUGACUCAAGUUAGAACAUAGACAAAAACACACUGCACCACAGUCGGGACCACAGUAAACGUCUGAAGAUCUGAAGUGUUUACUGUAAUGCAAACACUCAAAAAUAAUUAAUGAGCCUUUAUUUUUUCCUUCCCAUAUAGCUGUAUAUAUACAGAGAAAUAUACAAAUAUUUAAGCUGAUGUACAGAGUAGGGAUGUAUUUGUGUGUGUACAUAGUGUAUAUUAAUUCCUGUAUAAUUUCAGACUGCCACUGCACUGAUUGUGUCCGUAGAUAAGGGAGAAAGCUAGUUAGUUAAUAUUCACAUCCUUUUUACUAAAAUCUCAAUUAAGUAACCAGCAACACAUGAAAUCAAAAUGUGCACUGACGAGGGUCUGAACAGCCCACAUCAUCUUGGGGUCACUAUAUCACACUACUGAAGUAAUCUCACCUGAUAAAGAAAAAAACUGGUUUAAAAGUUACGUUCAACUUCAUUACUAGCCGCACGUUUCAGCACCGUCAUCCUGACCUCUGUUGUUGCCAUUAUAUCCUGUGUCCUGCUGCGACAAGUUUGCACUUUGUUUGUACGCCAUGCUGCCGCUGCAGCCUCCAAAACAGUGAAUUUUCAGCAAGAUUCAAAGUCCAAAAGCCAUUUUUGUGUGUAUGAACAUGCACACCAUAAUAAUUUAAUACAAAGUAUAAUGGCAAUAAUUUGGCACUAGCCUGGCUAACACAGUUCAACUGGAGGUAGCAGAUUCUUUUUGUGUGGUUUGAGUUGUGCCUUCUGUUGUGGUGGUGCUGUGAUGGUUCCCUUUGUGAUGUUGUAAGAGACUGCCCUUCCCUGUCCUGCGCUUUUGUGAGUUAACUGCAUUUGUGUGGCACGUGCGUUCACCAUCUUGCAACCACAGGUGUCUUGUUUGUCCCUGAUUGUCAUGUGUUGUCCAGUUAUCUCUGUUUGGUUUUAUAUUCUAUUUUUUUUUAUAUAAUGUAGCAUCCUCAGUAUGUAUAUGUCCAAACAGGCCAGUGUAUCAGAUUUGUCUGUUCAUGUGUGAGUGCAUGUAUUUGUUCAUGUGUUAUUGUCAUUACCCAAGACCAAACUCUCCAGACGUGGUUUACAGUUUGUGUCUGAUGACUUUCCACACUGAUGAAGAACAAGCUAACUAAAA